GCCCCGUCUCCAUCCUCUUCCAUUGACUUGUAUCACUCCAUCGCAUUCGGUGCUUUUUUAUGUUCUGUUUUCUGUUCUACUUCUUCUGGUGUCUCUGCUAGCCGGCUGUAGUCUAGUUCUAGUUGCCUGUUGAGAGGAGAUUGCGGUAGGUCAGCGCAAGAUGCGGAUGAGCUGCAAUGGAUGUCGAGUCCUGCGGAAAGGCUGCAGCGACGGGUGCACCAUCCGCCCCUGCCUGCAGUGGAUCAAGAGCCCCGAAGCGCAGGCCAACGCCACCGUCUUCCUUGCCAAGUUCUACGGCCGCGCAGGACUCGCCAACCUUAUCGACGCUGGCCCCGAGCACCUCCGCCCUGCUAUAUUCCAGUCGCUGUUGUACGAGGCCUGUGGGCGGAUCGUGAACCCGAUAUAUGGUUCCGUGGGCUUACUCUGGUCCGGCAGCUGGCAGCUCUGCCAGGCGGCCGUUGAGGCGGUGCUCAAGGGGGCGCCCGUCACCCAGAUCUCCUCUGAUUCCGCUGCCGCUGCUGUUCCGGCGUUCAAGGCGUACGACAUCCGCCACGUGGCCAAGAAGUCCGACGCCGCUGCCGUUCCAGGAGGUCUCCACAGUGUCGCGGCCAGAUCCCGCACCCGGUUCAAGCGCUCAGCCGUCGGGCCAGCUGCUUUGUCUGCGGGGGGGCUUGCCGUCUCGGGGCCGGGGCUCUUCCGCCGGGCGGAGAGCCAUGAUUCGGAGGAGAGCCGCGAGAACGGGAGCGCGUUCUCGGGGGAGACGGCGGAGCGGUCGCACGUGAGCCAGGGGGAGCCGGACGCGGAACCCGCCGACGUGGGGCUCGAUCUGAGGCUGGGGCUGGAGCCGGAAAGCCGGAACGGGGGAGGAGUCGCAGGGGGCGAGCCGGUUGUAGUACCGCAGAUGGAGAGGCGGAAAGCAUGGGCGGCGGACGCGUGCCGAGUGGAGUUGGGCCUCAGCUUGGUUGCGUGAAGCGAGCGAGCUCGCGUUUGGACCCCUGCUCUUGACCGUGUGCCGCUCGCAGCAGCAGCGAGGCACCAUCAGUUUGACGGUGGCAAUGGCUCUGCGAUUGUCUCUUCUGCCGUUGUUUCCAUGCGUCGUGUACUAUACAUGCGUACUAUCUAUAUAAGACAUGCCCAUUUUUCA